AUGCCGCAACUCACCGCCCCGCAGUUCACCGCCCGCAAGGGCGGCGACGAGAAGCUCGUCGUCCUCACCGCCUACGACCACACGAUGGCCCGGCUGGUCGACGCGGCGGGGGUCGACGCGAUCCUCGUUGGCGAUUCGCUGGGGAUGGUCGUGCAGGGACGCGCUAGCACGGUCGGCGUGACGAUCGACCAGAUGAUCUACCACGCGGAGAUGGUCGGCCGGGCCGUCGAGAACGCGCUGACGAUCGUCGACCUGCCGUUCCCGAUCAAUCACUACGACACGGGCGCCGCGAUCGACGCCGCCGCACGGAUCCUCAAGGAGACCGGCUGCCAGAGCGUGAAGCUCGAGGGGGGCGAGGCGCAGGCCGACACGAUCCACGCCCUCGUGACGGCCGGCAUCCCCGUCAUGGCCCACGUCGGCCUGCGGCCGCAGAGCGUCCACCAACUCGGUGGCUACAAGGUGCAGCGCGAUCAGGACCAGCUCUCGGCCGACGCCCGCGCCGCGGCGGAAGCCGGCGCGUACGGCAUGGUCGUCGAAUGCGUGCCGACAACGAUCGCCGCGGCGAUCACCGACGCGGUCCCGAUCCCGACGAUCGGCAUCGGCGCCGGCCCGGCGUGCGACGGCCAGGUGCUGGUCGUGAACGACCUGCUGGGCCUCACCAGCGGCUACGUGCCGCGCUUCGUGAAGCAGUACGCCGACGUCGGCGACGCGAUCGGCAAGGCCGUCGGCGCAUUCGCCGCGGAGGUCCGCCGCGGGGAGUUCCCCGGGGCGGAUCAGGCGUUUGAGCUCAGCCUGCGCACGUUCUUGAUUGGCGCCGUGGUUCUUGGCACGGUCGUCGGUCUCCUCUUUGGUCCAGUGCGGCGGUACGCCACUAGUCGCUACCGAAUUGACCGAACAGUAACGCAGAUGAGCCGCGUCGGAUCGGCGUUGCUUGCGGACGCAGAGGUCUACACCUCGCCGCUGCUCCACGCGUCCGUGGAUGCUCCUGAGCUGUCAACCACGACCAUCAGUUGGCGCGCCUUGCUGGUCGACGAGCGGUGCGCCUGCCUCGACCACCCUCCUGUGCUGACCAGCCUUGAUUGGGAUGACUCGGGCAAUGCUGCAUUCGACGACUGGAGCAAUCGCCGGUUCUUCCAUCUCUUACCCGAGGGCGCGGGUGAGCACCCCAAGCCUCACGUCGUCGCUGUCGCCGGCGAGGACACCGCGUUCGAGUACCUCUGGCGACGAGCCAAAGAGAAGAUCGAGGUUCACGGCGAAGCGAUCCUACUGAUGGAUGUCGCCGACUUCGACCAUCACUGGAUGUCGCCCCACGACAUCACGGUAGCCGAGCUGCUCGGCGACGGCGAUCAGCCCGGCAAGCUGCCGACGCCGGUGCUCAAGGAAGGCCGCCUCGUCGUGUUCGCCGACGGCGAGACGUGGCUGCUGUCGAACAACACGCCCGAGGAGAACCUCCUCAAGUUCGUCACCGUCGCCAGCGCCGAGCGGCACGACCGCGAAAAAGAGCUGGGCGGCUACGCCCUGCGGCGGAUAAAUCGGCGCAAGAAUCGGCGGGCGGCCUAUUGA